CGCACAGAAAAACAAAUCGUGCCACAAAUCAAAACAAACAUUACACGAAUGCGGACGAAGCAAAGCGAGUACGUGUUAGAUACCAGUGUUAGAAUUGAAAAUUGGUUCAAUGGUUGUGCGAAAAUCGUCUUCUGCAUCGAGACCAGAAUAAUGUUCAAUUGAAAGUUGCGUAAAUAUUUCCACAAACUCGGCUUUAGACAUACCUAUACAUCACAUCCGUCGGAACAAGGCAUCAUGGAGCGAAGCUCGGCACAAACCGUAACCCUAACUAACAGUAUUAUUGGCGUCGGUAUCCUUUCGAUGCCUUUCUGCUUUCAGAAGUGUGGCAUGAUUCUGUCUUUGGUUCUGCUACUGUUGAGCACCUACAUCACACGUCUAGUCUGUAGUUACAUGAUAAAAUCGGCAAUCAUUUCGAGGCGUAAAAACUUCGAACAAAUUGCAUUCUACGCAUUUGGGUUCUACGGUAAACUAUUGGUGGAGAUAUGUGUCGUUUGCUAUUUGCUGGGAACCUGCGUGGCGUAUUUUGUCGUGGUUGGCGAUUUGGGUCCACCGAUUAUGGCCAAAAUCCUGUCGGUGAAUGAGAGCAGCGGGUUGCGUUCCUGGGUGAUGAUAAUAGUAACGGUGGUUUGUAUAGUUCCGCUCGGGUUGCUCCGCAACGUCGACAGCCUGGCAACGGUCUGCACCGCUUCGCUCGGGUUCUAUCUUUGUUUGGUGCUAAAGGUGAUGGUCGACUCCAGUGAACAGAUUAGCCGGACUGGAUGGCUGGACGAGUUAGCUCUGUGGAAACCGAAGGGAAUUUUACAGUGCCUGCCCAUUUUCAGCAUGGCACUGUCUUGCCAAAUGCAAUUGUUCGAGGUGUACGCAACUAUGCCGACUACCUCGUUGGACAAGAUGAGUCGCGUCGUCUGGAAGUCCACCAACUUUUGCACUUGCAUCUAUGCGUUAAUUGGAUUUUUCGGUUACGUAGCGUACAACAGCGGAACCCAGUUUUCCGGUAAUAUUCUGGUGAAUUUUUCACCAUCCUUUGUUUCGGAUAUUAUCAAGAUCGGGUUUGUCUUGUCGGUGGCUUUCAGUUUUCCUCUGGCAAUUUUCCCUUGUCGGGUAAGUUUGUACUCGCUGCUGUAUAAGCGUGCUUACUCGGAUACACACUAUUACAUUCCGGAAUCGAAGUUCCGACCGCUGACACUGGUAAUCGUUGGAGUGGCACUUUGCCUUGGCCUGAUGGUGCCAUCAAUUGAGGUUGUUAUUGGAUUGGUCGGAUCAACGAUCGGAGUUGCCAUUUGCAUAAUCAUUCCGGCUGCUUGCUACAUGCAUAUUUGUAAGACCAAUAUUUCAGAAAAGCAACUGGCGCAGGUCAUGAUCGCGCUAGGUCUUCUGAUUAUGAUUUUGGGGACUUACGCAAACCUGGAAGCAAUGGACCAUGUACCUGAGAAGAAGUACGAAAGUGCGGCAAUUGUAGAGAAAAAAGUUACACAGCUGCCGGUGUUGGUGGCUGACAAACCUGAGGAAAAUCUUGAUAAAUCCUUCGAGGAUCUGAAGGUUCCACUGCAAGCUAUGCCUCCGGAGGUAAAAAAGGUGCUAGAUUCAACCGAAACCUCCUCCGUUUCCAAGGUAGAAGUCAGUCAAAAUGUCGAUAAAUUAGAGAGUGGCUCUCCAAAAGAGGUCAAGAUUUCUGUAUCUUCCGAAAGUUCCGCGAUACCAUCUAAACCGAAAAAAUCUAAGGAGGAAAUCAUUGACCAAGAUGCUAUUCUUAAAGAAGAGAAGGAAAUCGCCGUUGAAGAAAAAGAGCAAAUACAGAAGGAGAUCAGCGAGCUGCAGAGCGCAAAAAAACAGCUGGAAGCGCAGGUACAGGUCAUCAAGGAACAGCUGGUGAAGACAAACGAAGAAACCCAGCAAUUAGUGCUAAAAAAGUUCGACGAGAUUGUGGAAAAAAUCGACCAAAAGGUGGCCAAAGAUAAAGAACCACCCGCCGCACUGGUGUCAACCGAGGCAUCAUCGCCAACGGACACGAAAAAACAAAGCGAAUCUCUUGACCGCAAGAAGGACCCAAUCGUGAGACUGUUAACCGAACAAGGCAAACCAAAGGUAGCGGCAAAUCUUAGCAAAAGUGACACGCCGCUGAAACCGGCGCAAGAAUCUAAAAACGAAUCAUCACAAGCAGCGGUUGAGACCAAAAUUGCUGCGGAUUCGGUAGAUAAUGAUACCGCCGCCGUCGAGGACGAGAAACCGGAUCACUUGCCGAAGAACCUGGACGAGCGGGGUGAAUCCGAAAAAAAUAAACCUCUACCACCGCUGCCGGUUGAACAGCAACCAGAACCGGAACCACCAAAACCAGUCGAACCUAAGGAGGACAACCCACUGAAACAAGACCCCGUCGAAGCGGAUGGUAGCAAAAAUGUCGAUGAGACUGGUGCUAAGCGGGAUAUAUUGUCGGUUCGCAGUAGAAGAAACGCAUUAGAACUGGACAUGGCAAGUGUUCCAGCUGCUGAUUUAAUAGAAGACAGUGAAAAUUGUAAAAAGACUGCGCCCUAAGGGCGAUUUAAGCAAAAUGUGUAAAUUAUAAGGAGAAGUUUGUGGCUUUGAUUGAAAGGGGUGUUAUGCUAAAUGUACGAAAGUUGUUAAAAUAAAAUCAUUU